GACGUCACACGGGCAUCAGUAAUGGCUCUCAUGCGAAAACCAGUCACCUGAGCGAAAGAGGAAGGUUUUUAGCGGAGGGAGAGAGACAUUCCCCGCAUUUUCUAUCGCCUUUUCUCCUGAUGUAUGUGAAGUUUAUCUCCAGGCUUUUUUCGGCGAUGGCUGGACCGAGGCCUGUGGUGAUGAGUGGACCGUCCGGGGCUGGAAAAAGCACUCUGUUGAAGAAACUGCUCAAGGAGUUCAACGGUGUUUUUGGAUUCAGCGUCUCUCAUACAACACGAAACCCACGUCCAGGAGAAGAGAACGGCAAAGAUUAUCAUUUUGUUAGCAGGGAGGUCAUGCAGACGAGCAUAGCAAAAGGGGAAUUCAUUGAAAGUGCAGAGUUUUCAGGGAACAUGUACGGGACGAGUAAAGCAGCCGUACAGGCAGUUCAGGCCCAAAAUUUGAUUUGCAUUUUGGACAUUGACAUGCAGGGAGUGAAGAACAUCAAGAAGACCGAUCUCAACCCCAUCUAUGUGUCCGUCCAGGCCCCGUCAAUGGACAUACUGGAAAAGCGAUUGCGGGACAGAAAGACUGAAUCGGAGGAAAGUCUACAAAAACGUUUACAUGCUGCCAAAGUUGACGUGGAAAUAAGUAAAGAGCCUGGUUUAUUUGAUGUGGUCAUUAUCAAUGAUGAUCUUGAAGCAGCGUAUGGAAAAUUAAAAGACGUUCUUCUUGAGGAGAUCCAAAAGGUCCGAGAUGUCAACAAAUCCAGUUAACCACGGAAACCUCUCUCCGUUCACUUCCAGCGAUCGCAAAUCUGAACAUUCCACCCAGGAAAGACUUUAUUUUCCAACCACUGAAUGUCUCACACACACACACACACACACAACCUAAAGGUGCAGGAUAACAUUAUAUAUUCCAUGCGGAGGGUAGUUUUCCCACCACGUAUGUUUGUUACUUGAUUCCUUAGUUGAAGGUCAAAAAAAAAAACAUUGUCGAUUUAACCAAGAAACACUCGAUAAAGUCCUCAGCUUUGGCUUUUGUUUUAUAAUGAAGAUGCUGGAUUUGUUAUAUCUGACUGGCAUGUUUACUAAUGCGUUUCUCAUUGCUUUCAUUCAUAGAACUGCUCUUUUUAAGUUAAUAACAUGAUGGUAAUGGUUGUGUUUGGUCUGCUGGUGUCUUGAAUUACAGAAUCAUGCCUCACAUACAGUUGAAGUUUUAUUAUUAGCCCUGCUAAAUAUUUUGUCCCCCGAUAUCUGUUUAACGGAAAGAUUUUAUUUCAACACAUUUGUAAACAUAAUAGUUUUAUUAACUCAUUACUAAUAGCUGAUUUCUUUUAUCUUUGCCAUGAUGACAGUAAAUAAUAUUUUUACUAGUAUUCAGCUUAAAGUGACAUUUAAAGGUUUAACAGGGUUAAGUUCGGGUCACUGGGUAAGCCAUUGUAAAAGAGUGGUUUGUUUUGUAGAUAAUACAAAAUAAAUAUUGCUUAACGGGAAUAAUAAUAUUGAAUAUAAAACGGUUUUGAAUAAAUAAAUGAAUAAAAACUGCUUUUACUCUAGCCGAAAUAAAACAAAUAAGACUUUCUCCAGAAGAAAAAACAUUAUAGGAAAUACUGUGAAAAAUUCCUGAAUCUGCUAAACUAAUACAUUUGAAAAAUUCCCAGGAGGGCGAAUAAUCUUUUAUCUUUGCCAUAAUGACAGUAAAUAAUAUUUUUACUAGUAUUCAGCUUAAAGUGACAUUUAAAGGCUUAACAAAGUUAAGGUCGGGUCAUUGGGCAGGUCAUUCUGCAGACAAUCGAAACUAAUAUUGCUUAAGGGGGCUAAAAAUAUUGACCUUAAAAUAGUUUUAAAUAAAUAAACAACGGCUUUUAAUCUAGCCGAAAUAAAACUAAUAAGACUUUCUCCAGAAGAAAAAACAUUAUAGGAAAUACUGUGAAAAAUUUCAUUGCUCUGUUAAACAUCAUUAGAGAAAUAUAUGAUUUAAUCACAGGAGGGCGAAUGAUUCUGACUUCAACUGUGCACAUAACAUCCCUAUUCCUCAUAUUUAAAGGAGAUAUUGUGUGUUUAUUUACAAAAUGACGUUCACCAGCGUUAACAUGAGUUUGAAGCCUAAACAGGGCUCUUGUUUUUAGCGUAAGGCAGCUUUUAAACACAGCCACACGGGACACUUUUAGUCUUACAAUACAGAUUUUCAGCAGUUUUAAUGUUCAUCUUCAAAUUAAACGAGCAUAAAGUAAUUCAGUAUCAUUUUAAAACAAUACAAAAUAUUAGUUUUCCUGUCGAUUUGAGAUCUCUAUGCUAAUUAGCAGGUAUAAAUGUUGUGAUUCACACACACAAAAUAGUCAUUUUCCCAUAUCAUGAGCAAAAAUUAGUCACAGUUAACAUGUUAUUCAUGUUAUCUAGUGUGAAAACGAUGUUAUUUUCGAUUAUGCUCAUCAAAAAGCCACGAUUUUAACCAAAUAUCCAGACACCAGCUGUUCUAGAAACGUAUGACGAUCUUGUGUACAGUUUGUGUUGUAUAAUAACUAGCGCUGUGCUAAGAUUAAUGACGAAUAAUCGCAUCCAAAAUCAAAGUUUGUCUUGAUAUAAUAAUUGUCCGUGCAUAUAAUGGAGAAAAUGUUUAUAUUUAGACAUAAAAUUCAUUCAUUCAUUUCAUCGCCACAGCGGAAUGAACCGCCAACUUAUCCAGCAUAUGUUUUACGCAGCGGAUGCCCUUCCAGCUGCAAACAAAAUGCAUAUGCGAGACUGAUCAUAUAUACAAAACAUCUAUGCAUUUAGCAGACAUCUAUGUAUAGGUGUGUUUUUAUUACAUGUACAUUAUAAAUAUAUAUAAAACGCACGUGUGUAUUGCAUAUACUUAAUAAAUAUGACGCAUACACAAAUUAUUACAGGGAUUACUGUAUUCUGAUUGGACAUUCCAAGACGUGUCAUUCCAGGAUAACAACCGCUAAAUAACGCAGCUUCACCCAGGAACUUUGAAUAAGCGUCACUGAAUACAAAUCCAUAUGCUAAUGGUCUAAUCUGUUUCAAUGAUCUAUGCUAAGCUAAGCUAAAAGCUGAGCUAAAAGUACACGCAUAUAUGCUGUCAGACUAAACAUUUACAUUGGAUGCAUUUAAUCAUGAUUAAUAUUUGCCCAGCGCUUAAAAUAACUAAUAACCUCUCCUUUUUACAAGCCAACUUUAUUUAUAUUAUUAUUAUUAUUAAUUUUAGCAUUAGAUUUAAGGCUUUGUGGGGGUUUUUAGGGAAUCUUCCAAACCUAAAUCCAUUCAUUCCUCGCUGCAUAUUAAACUCUUCCUUGAAAAAGCAUCUCAAGCAUUUGCAUUCAGUGUCUCAGAACAAUGUGUGGAAUAAAUGUUUGCUUUUUUUAUUAUUAUUAUUAUUUUGACAAAUGUGUGGUGCAAGUGUAAUAAAACUACUGCUACUGUCUGAUUAUUUAUCAGGUGAAAUGCA